UGCUCCAAUCUUACGGGUACUUUACGAAUCCUUCAACCUGCUCGUUUCAGAAUUAGAUCAAAGCUCGCUGCGGAAGUUCUUCAUCUAAUCACCAUUGCAUUCAUUUGAGACUCAAUAUACUGAGAGUUAUCUGAACUUGCAUGUUUAGGAAGAAGAAAAGCUCUGUGAAUUCUAAAAAUGGCGAAUAGCUAUGCAAGAGUGAAUGCGCCGUUGUCAAGAUUCGGAGUAUUGGUGGCCCAGUUGGAAUCCAUAGUCGCCUCUGCAGUUCACAAGCCUCCUGACCCUCUCCUCUGCUUUGAUCUCCUCUCUGAUCUCAUCUCCGCCAUUAAUGAAGAGCCUAAGGAAUCCAUACUGCUGUGCCAGAGGAAAUGCGAGGAUGCUAUUUAUUCUCUACUUGUGCUUGGUGCAAAAAAGCCUGUACGACACUUGGCAUCUGUGGCUAUGGCGAGGGUCAUACAAAAGGGUGAUGCCAUUUCGAUAUAUUCCAGAGCUAGCAGCUUGCAGGGAUUUCUCUCAGAUGGAAAGAAGAGCGAGCCUCACCCAGUUGCUGGUGCUGCUGAGUGCUUGGGUGAAUUGUAUUACUACUUUGGGAGAAGAAUUACUUCUGGAUUACUGGAAACAACAAGAAUUGUCACAAAGAUGUUGAAGUUUAAUGAGGAUUUUGUGAGAUAUGAAGGUCUAAACAUGCUUCAAAAGGCUUUGGAAGGAUCAGGUGGCAGUGCUGCAUCGACAGCAUAUAUAGAGGCAUUCCGAAUCAUAAUGCGAACAGGGGUUGUAGACAAAUCAGUUAAUGUUAGAAUUGCUGGGGCUAGAUGUCUGAAGGCAUUUGCUAACAUUGGUGGACCUGGAUUAGGGACUGGAGAACUUGAGAGCUCAUCAUCUUAUUGUGCUAAGGUGCUUGAGGACCCGGCACCAUCCGUUAGAGAUGCCUUUGCUGAAGCCUUAGGAGCACUGCUUGCUCUUGGAAUGAAUCGUGAUGCACAGGUGAAUCCAAGGGGAAAAGUUCAUGUUACACCCAAAAAAAUCCAAGGAGGUCUAGACAAGCAUUUGGUUUUACCCUUUAUAAAAGCAAGUGGACCUCGUUCAAAGUAUUUGCGGGUCGGCCUUACCUUAUCAUGGGUGUCAUUUUUACAGGCCAUUCGUUUGAAGUACUCUCUUCCUGAUAGUGAGCUUGAUAAGUUUGCCAUCCAAGUUAUGGGCAUGCUUUGCGUAGACAAUUCUUGGGACACUCAAGCACUGGCAUGCGUCCUUUACAUUCUUCGAGUUGGUUUAACGGAUCAAAUGAGUGAAGCUACUCAAAGUGGCUUUUUGGUUGUUUUGAGCAAGCAGCUUCAAUCUCCCGACACGACUUCUUCAAUGCGAGUUGCUGCUUUACGCACCCUGUCUUAUGCUUUGAAAACACUGGGCGAGGUGCCUGCUGAAUUCAAGGAAGUUCUUGAUAACACUGUUGUUGCAGAAGUUUCUAAUAUGUCACCACAAGUACGUGUUGAGGCUGCUUUAACAUUGCGUGCACUCGCUGAGGUUGACCCUACAUGUAUAAGUGGUUUGGUUUCUUAUGCAGUAACAAUGCUUAGUGCGCUCAGAGAAAACAUUGCGUUUGAGAAGGGUACUAAUCUAAAAGCUGAGCUAGACUGCCUGAAUGGGCAAGCUGCAGUUUUUGCGGCAUUGGUAUCUGUUUCUCCAAAAUCACCUCUUGGCUAUCCAGCUAGAAUGCCCAGUUCUGUUCUUGAAGUUUCCAAGAAAAUGCUGUUAGAGUCUACUAGGAACCCUACUUCAGCUGCUGUUGAAAAGGAAGCUGGAUGGAUGCUUUUAUCAUCGCUACUGUCUUCCAUGCCAAAACAGGAGCUUGAAGAGGAGGUUUUUGAUAUUCUUUCCCUAUGGGCAUCUGUGUUCAGCGGAAAUCCAGAACACCAUUUUAGUGAUGCAUUAGAUUUUCCGUCUAGUUUAUGUGUAUGGUCUGCUGCGAUGGAUGCAUUGACGGUGUUUAUAAAACACUUUCUUUCUUCUCUUGAUGUGAAUAAGGGGGUGCUACUUCAGCCAGUGCAACUAUAUCUUAGUAGGGCCCUCUCCUGCAUAUUACAAUUGGUGACUAGAGACAACAGUAAUGCAAAACCCGGAGUGGAUGUAUUAAUCAUCAAGACACUGCAGGCCUAUCAGUCCCUUUCUGACCCAAAUGCAUAUAAAAGUGAUCAUGCUCAUAUUGUUUAUCUUUGUACAGCACCUUUUAGGGAAGCAUCUAAAUUUGAAGAAAGUUCGUGCUUGCGCAUGCUUCUAGACAAGAGAGACGCAUGGCUUGGUCCUUGGAACCCUGGAAGUGAUUGGUUGGAAGAUGAACUUCGUUCAUUCCAAGGGGGGAGUGAUGGCUUAUUGCCUUGUGUUUGGGAACAUGAGCCCCCCACUUUUCCUCAGCCGGAUACAAUAAGCAAAUCCUUGGUAAAUCAAAUGCUUCUCUCUUUUGGAACCAUGUUUGCUUCCCAGGAUAAUACGGGCAUGCUUGCACUUAUUGGUACAGUUGAGAAAUGUCUAAAGGCUGGAAAGAAACAAGCUUGGCAUUCCGCUAAUGUUACUAAUAUAUGUGUUGGGUUACUUGCGGGAUUAAAGGCAUUGCUUGCAUUACGUCCUGAGCCCCUUUGUCUGGAAGUUUUCAGUGCCGGACAGUCUAUUUUUCAGAUGAUUUUGGCUGAGGGUGAUAUCAGCUCAUCUCAACGUAGAGCACUGUCUGAAUGUCUUGGGUUGCUAGCACGACUUGGGAAUGAUGUCUUAACUGCUAAAUUGACAAGAUCAUUCCUUGAUGAUGUAAAUAGCACAGCAGAUUCACAUUACGCUGCUUCGAUUGCCCUUGCGCUUGGUUGCAUUCAUCGCAGUGCAGGGGGAAUGGCAUUGUCAAGUUUAGUGCCUGCAACUGUGAACACACUGUCUUCUCUGGCUAAAAGUUCAAUCACUUGCUUGCAAAUCUGGUCUUUGCAUGGACUUCUCUUGACAAUUGAAGCUGCUGGCUUGUCUUAUGUGUCUCAUGUUCAGGCAACACUUGGCCUUGCUAUAGAUGUUCUUAUGUCCAAUGAGGUUUGCUCUAUUGAGCUUCAACAAGGUGUGGGCUGCCUUAUAAACGCUAUUGUUGCAGUUCUUGGUCCUGAUCUAGCUCCUGGAAGUAUUUUCUUCUCCCGCUGCAAGUCUGUCAUUGCAGAAAUUAGCUCCAGGCAAGAAACAUCAACACUUCUCGAGAAUGUCCACUUCACUCAGCAAUUAGUACUCUUUGCACCACGUGCUGUUAGUGUGCAUUCCCACAUUCAGGCUCUCCUCCCUACGCUCUCCUCAAGACAGCCGACACUCAGGCAUCUUGCUCUGUCUACCCUAUGCCAUCUCAUAGAAAAGGAUCCGGUCUCUGUCAUCAAUGAACAAAUAGAAGUUGCAUUGUUCCAUAUGCUUGAUGAGGAAACUGAUGCUGAGAUUGGCCGGUUAGCUCGUACUACAAUCAUGCGUUUGCUCUAUGAGUCAUGCCCAUCAUGUCCUUCUCAGUGGCUUUCAAUAUGCCGCAAGAUGAUCCUUGCUUUAUCAUCACGGGAUCUCAAGACUAGUGGUAACAUUGAGAGUGCUCUGAGUGGUCCAGGAGCUGAGACAACAAUGCAUUUUGGUGGAGAUGAGGAAAACAUGGUCUCUAGUUCCAAAAGCCAAUCUGCUGAGAGUUUUGCUUCUGUUAAUGCCAGCAUUUAUUCCAAAGGCAAGCACCUUAGAUAUCGGACAAAGGUUUUUGCCGCUGAAUGCUUGGGUUAUAUACCGGAGGCUGUUGGAAAGAGUCCUGCUCAUUUUGACCUUGAUGUAGCGAGACAGAAGCCUCCAAGCGGACAUCACUUUGGUGAUUGGCUAGUUCUUCAUUUACAUGAGCUCAUUUCACUGGCUUAUCAGAUUAGCACCAUUCAAUUUGAGAACAUGCGGCACAUCGGUGUAUCACUCCUUAGUACCAUCGUUGACAAGUUUGAAACUGUCAAGGAUCCCGAGCUUCCUGGACACCUCCUUCUAGAGCAAUAUCAGGCACAACUUGUUUCAGCAAUUCGAACAGCAUUGGACUCUUCUUCUGGUCCUAUACUUUUGGAAGCAGGCUUGCAGCUUGCGACUAAGAUAUUGACAUGCAAAAUUAUCACUCAUGACCAACUCUCUGUGAAACGGAUAUUUUCUUUGAUCUCUCGACCACUAAGCGAAUUUGAUGACCUCUACUAUCCAUCAUUUGCAGAGUGGGUAUCAUGCAAGAUCAAAAUAAGGCUUCUAACAGCUCACGCCUCUUUAAAAUGUUAUAUUUAUUCAUUCUUGAGAAACCAAGAUAAUGAGAUAUCUGGCGAGUAUGCAUCUCUAUUACCUCUGCUCUCUGAGAGUUCAAACGUUCUAGGUAUGUACUGGCUUGGGGUAUUGAAAGACUACUGUUAUGUCUGCUUCUGUUCACAUCCUAAUGGAAAUUGGAAACCAUUCCUUGAUGGAAUUCAAUCUCCAUUAGUUUCAACUAAUUUGCUCCCGUGCUUAGAGGAAUCCUGGCCCCCCAUUCUGCAAGCAGUUGUUUUUGAUGCAGUUCCAAGGAACUUUGUCUCCAAGGAGUCAUAUUCUACUGAAAACGAUUCACAGAGUACCUGCAUCUCUGAAUACAACAUGGUUAGGCUGGGGUUAGAAGAAUUCCAGUUUUUGUGGGGCUUUUCUCUUAUGACUUUGUUUCAUGGUCAAGAUCAAUCUCUCCACUAUUGCAUGAAACAAAUGGGCUCUGCAAAAUCUGAAAAGGGGGAUGUGAAUAUUGCAGAAUCAAAGCUCUGUGACACGUUAUUCCCUAUAUUUCAUGCUUUGCCAAGAGAAAGUUUUUUCAAUGCAGGAUUUCUGACAUUGGAGAUCUGUCAAGAGCUGUUGCAGGUCUUUUUUUUUACCACUUAUGCAAAUGAUGUAUGGGACUCUCUUGCAAUGCCAGUUUUCUCUAAGAUUGUUCAAUCUUGUCCCGAAGAAUUCCUAGAGACAGAGAAAUAUGCAGACUUGGCAAUAGAACUCUGUUUGGCAUUUUUCUUUAAAUUCUCAAGUGAUGCAUAUUCUCAAUACCAUUCAGAUAGAGAGGAUAUGAUAUUCUCAGUACUUACUACAACUGUGAUGCUUCUGAGCCGGUUUGAAUCAAAGAUGCGCUUAAAGUCACUAUUGGCUUUUAUAUUGGUUGGUUUCAAAUGCCUUGGAUUGGCAACAACUGAUGUAUUCCUUACAAGAAUGAAAGAUUAUUUCCAGUCCGUCACUCCUUUAAUACAUGUUAAUGGCGCGCCUCAUCUUGGAGAUGAUGAUGUCCAGUUCUUUACUGCCACUUUUAGAGCUUGUAUCAGUGCAAGUGCUAGUUCACUUGAGGACUGUAUUGAGAGUAUUCAUCAAUUCCAGGAUAAGAAGUCCAAUAGGCUAAAACUACUUUUCAUGAAGCUUGCUAUGUAUUUGGAGCAAUGUGUUUCAUUGGCUAAAACAGCAUUUGAAGUUGAAUGUCAUAGAGAAAAACAAGAAUUCAAAGUGGUCUUAUAUGCCACAUUAUGCCAUAGCACUAAAUGCUUCCAGACUGUUCUUAGCGAUUCUGAGAUACAGGUUCAAGCAGUUGGUUUGCAAUUAUUAAAGGGAAUACUACAAAAAGGGGCCACUGCAGAAUCCUACUCUUUAGCAAUAUUCUUUGUUGGGGAACUUGUGGAAGACAUUAUUACAGUAAUCCUGAAAAUUUUAAAGAAAGUGAUUAGUAGGGAAGCGGUAGCAAUUGUUGGAGAAUGCUUGAAAAUCUUAAUGCUUCUCCAGACACUAUCAAAACAUAUCGACAGUCAGAAAGGUCUUAUGAAUCUGCUCUUGGAAACUAUUCUCUUGAUUUUUACAUCAUCAGAUGAUCAUUCUGAGGGAACACGUGAGAUGAGAAUCAUGGCUAUAAAACUGGUCUCACAACUUGCCCAAAUUUCUUAUUCAACUGUCUACUUCAAGGACGUCUUACUGUCAAUGCCUAUAAAUAGGAGACAACAACUUCAAGAUAUAAUUCGUGCAUCAGUGAAUCAUGACGAGAAUCCAGGCCAGUCGAAACCCAUUGUACCACCUUUAAAUUUGAAACUGCCUCCACAAGUUGAGGAAACGGAGCAGAAAGCUUCCCCUGGUUCUCUCACAAGAGAAUCCGAAGACAUUUCCUUGGAAGAGGAAGAAGACGAUUGGGACACUUUCCAGUCUAUUCCCACCUCCUCCGGUGGACCUCACCCUUCCCAAACAGUGGACGAUCCUAAUUUGACAAAGGACGAAUCAUUUUCAAAUAGCGAUUCGGGAAAUAUCGACCCGGAGACACAUAAUAGUUCCAAAUCCUUAGACCUUGCAGAACAACAAAUCACAGUUGCCCAAGAGAACUAUGAAUUCGCCAGUACCAGUUGUUGCAGUGACCAGGUACGUGAUUCCCAACAUAAUUUAGACCAAACUGAGGAACCCAUCCAUUGCGAGGAGGACACCACAGGUAUGAGACAGGAUGCUGAACAUAUCCCACGUAUUCAAUCUGUUGCGGUGAACGGAAAAGACACGGAGCCAUCUCAUGAAACUGGGCUUGAAGUGGCUGGCAUUACUAAUUCAUUGCUGUCUGAGGUCUCUACAGUUUUUUCCGAGGACAGGUGUAGAGAUGGAGGAGAGAACGACGGGUGAAACUGGGGGUCACCAUAAAAAGGCGGUAACCUACUCUCUUUAAUGUUACUGUAAAUGUGCCUCAAUUAGUUAUUUUGGGGUCUAUUUUUACUUUGUUUCAGAUUUCGUUGUUUUCUGAAAUAGACCGUCCGGUCUUGGAUAACUGCCGAAACAUCAUAAUUUUUUUUAAAAAAUUUUUUGUUUUGUCACAACGGAUCUGACUUCAUAAUA